GCAGACGUGAUCUGGCGGUAACUGGGGAUCCCCAAAGAAAGGAAACCAGGGUGCUGGCUGUUGGGGUGAAGGCACAGGCCAUGAAAAGGAAUGACAUCAUUGACUUCAAGGCUUUGGAGAAAGAGCUGCAGGCUGCACUCACUGCUGAUGAGAAGUACAAACGGGAAAAUGCUGCCAAGUUACGGGCAGUGGAACAGAGGGUGGCUUCCUAUGAGGAGUUCAGGGGUAUUGUCCUUGCAUCACAUCUGAAGCCGCUGGAGCCGAAGGACAAGAUAGGAGGAAAGAAGACUGUGCCCUGGAACUGUCACACUAUUCAGGGAAGGCCCUCCCAGGAUGAAACCACUGAAAUCUCCCCGGAGAAAACACGCCUCCAGCCCGAGACCUCGGCUGAGUUCUACCGUGAUUGGCGGCGAUACUUGCGGAGUGGGUCAGAGCGCUACGAGGCCCUGCUGCAGCUCGGGGGCCCAAAGCUGGGCCGCCUCUUCCAGAUGGAUGUGGGGUUUGGACUCCUAGGGGAGAUGCUGAUGGCGCUGGCUGAUCACGUGAGGCCAGCUGACCGGUGGGUGGUGCUGGGAAUCCUGCGCAGCCUGGCCGGCACCGGCCGCUUCACCCUGAACCUGAGCCUGAUGAGCCAUGCGGAGAGAGAGCGCUGCAGAGCCUUGUUUCAGAAGUUGCAGGCCAUGGGCACCCCCAGCCUGGAGGGGCGGGAUCUGGGGGAGCAGCCUGGUGGGCUUCAGGAGGAGGAGAGUCUUCUGCAAGAGCUGCUGAGGCUGUACCAUGUGGACUGAUGGGAGCAGUUACCUUCAGAGGCCCCCAGUGGUCACUGGAGGCGUUUUUCGUUGUCUCGAGGGCUCUGCAAGACUGUAGUGAAGAGCCCACACCUAACUCCCUCUGGUCUUGGAAGUUUCACAACAAAAGCAGUAACUGAAUUUUCCCUUUUCCUCCAGCCUCUUGGGGGCUCCAUAUUCUGAACUGUUAGAUCCACAGGAUGGUCAAGGGCCCAAGAAGUUGAAAGACGUUUGCUUCCCACCCUUAGAGUCUGCCAGUCUGCUAGCCCAUGGCCCUGAGAGGUGGGUGAGCACUCAACCAAACACCGGUACCACCAGUUAUAGCCUCCACUCAAAAAAAGGAAAAAGCAAAAUUGUUAAUCUUCCAUGAUAAACUAAUACUGAUCUCCAUAGCUCUUAACAAGAGUAUUUGUAACUGGAAACCAACAGAAUGGACAUUUAAUCAAUAAACGAUCAAAUGCUACCUCAUUUGAGGUGCAGUAUUUUUCUCCAGCUCCAGGGGCUGAGUUCCCGUGCAGGUUGAGCCUGGGAAAACCCCAAGCCAUCAGCUCAGGCCUGGCCAGCCUCCCAGGCAUCUUCAGGUGGCCAGAUGUGCAGGUAGGAGGGUUGCCUUCAACUCCUGGAUUAACCAAAGGGAGGACCUUUCCACCGGGCAGGCAGGGCAGGGCCUGGAACAGAGAGGCAGAGAUUCCCCUGUCCUGGUACCUGGGCCCUUGCUUCUUAUUCUGGCUUCCCCUGAUCCAUUCUUGAGUGAGUGCCAGUGUUCUAGAAAGGGGACAAAGGGCCAGGUUCUAGAAUGGUUUUCCCUCAAGAUCACGUCCGGAACGUUAGAAGGGCAUCUUGUACAUCCACUGGGAAUAAAUUGCCUUGUCUGUGGCAGCUUCCUCUGCAGAUUGUUGCUUCUUUUCCUGGCUGCUGAAUCCUUUCCUCAUCUAGAUGCCUCCUCCCAGCAGUGAUUUCUAGAAGCCUCAUAGGCCUUUAGUGCCUAGGUUCUGCCCCGCCCCCUCUGACUCUUCCCUC